AUGUCCGAACUCAUCAUACAGAUGGAGGAAGAAGGAUUUUUCGACCAGUUCUUUCCGUACGGUUCGGGAGGAGCCCAAGAUGGAAAGUCGACAGCCCCGACAUCCACUGCUGAGGAGGAGGAGCCACGCAAAUGGCAGCGGAAGGGUGAAACGGGUCGGUUCGCCGGACCAGGCAAAGGGUCUCGUGGGCAGUGGGCGCGAGAUAACAACUACUGGAAACGCGGACGGGAACCCGCGGGCUGGCAUACGAAUGAGGCGGCCGCAAACAAGGACCGUGACGAGAUGGAGCUAGAGAUCAAAGAACUUCGGGAUCAUAUCUUUCAACUUCAGCGCCUUGCUCUGAGGCAGGAGGACUUGAUAGCGGCGAUCAGACCAGAAAUGAUCUUCGUCAUCUUUGCUCGCAUAGACGUGGGGGCUUCGAUUGUUCCGUCCAUCUACAAAGCGCAGGCUGCCUGGCGUGAGCUGAAGGAGUCUGAUCCGAGCGCAAUCCACGCGCCAAUGCGGGUAGAUCUCCUGCGAUGCCUUUUCACGGAGCUGAAGACGAGGCUCAAGAAUCUGACUCAGGAUGCGCAGCAACAGCAAAAUCUUGUGCAGAUGGGAUGGCUCAAGGCGGACCCGGUCAGCUGGCACUACAUUCGCUGGGACCAGCAAACACAGAAGCACAAGAUCGAUGACACCAAGGAGCCACUCAAGUAUGAAAAGGUUGCGGAGAUUGUGGAAGGGGUCCUUUACCUGGUCCAGAAGAUCGGGGUAGUCUCUAGGUUCCACCCCAGUCGGCCAGUGGAGGAGGAAAUGCGGGGUAAAAGCAUUGCUUUCACGCUGCAGUUGGCCAUGAUGUCGGAUAAGGCGCGCACCCUGCGCCAGUACCUGACUGAUCUGUCCGGACUCGCGGCCAUGCAGCUCCUGGCCACGACGAUGCGGCCAGAGAAACCGGGCAGAUCGGCACUGGCCAACUUGAUCCAGCGUGCAAUGCAGCUCCAGCACAACCGAUACUGA